AACAUGUAAUACAUAUUUUCCACAUACGACUCUCUACGCUUUCCUGGAAGCUAAAUAUACAGAGCAAGUUUGAAUCUAUAUAUACAUAGAGAGAGAGAGAGAGAGCAAAGCAAAAAGGUUGAACGGUUUGAAAGUUGAUGUUAUUUGAGUUUUUUAUUUUCUGAGAUGGGUUUCUCUGAAAUGGGCAAUGGAUGCAAGGAUCACCCAAAUCAUCAACAAAAGCAAGGGGUUUGCGCUUCAUGUUUAAGAGAAAGGUUAUCUCGUCUUUGCUCAGCUUCAUACACAGAAACUAAUUCAACGCUUUUCCUUUCUUGCUCUUCUUCACUCUCCUUUUCUCCUGCGCCUGACUACUCUUCGCCUUCAUCUUCGACCUCGGCCUCCCCUGACGCUCGACAUCGUAAGCGGAACGGUUCUGGCGUGACGUCAAUCGUGAAGCCGCUGUCGUCGUCUUCGUCUUCCUCUUUUAUGUUAAAGUUUGGUAGUACCAAAGGUUUGAAGAAGAGUAGAUCGAUUGCUUGUGUAGCAAGGAACUUGGAUGAUGAAGAACUCAAGAGUGGGAAGAAUAAGAAGAAAGGGUUUUGGUCUAGGUUGCUGAGUUUCAAAGGGAAGAAGAAUGUUCUCUCGCAUUCAAUGAGUAUGAGAUUAAUGAUUGGAAGAGUGAAUUGAUUUCCUAGGGUUCAAUUUCGACGAUAAUUUGUGUUUUUUUUUUUCCUUUUCCUUUUCUUUUUUUGUUACAUAAUUGUGAGAUCAAAAUGAAAGAUUUGAUGUAGGUUUUAAGUCUGUUGAGACGAGGUGAACUCGUCAAAACUCUUCUUCUUAAACAGUUAUAAAAUUUGUAAUACUUGUUUCAUUAUAAAAAAAAAUGAUUGCACAA